UGCCCAGGGCGAGGCGGCUGCGGGAGCGCGGCGGGAGCGGCGGGGCAGCCCCCGGAGCCCAUGUCGGGGAAGGAGGAGGAGGCGCUGCCCGCCUGCUUCGCGGGGCUGGGCGCGGGCAGCCCGCGGCCGCGGCAGAAGCGCGGCGGGAUGUUCUGCAGCGUAGAGGAUGCAUUCGACAACAAAACUCUGGAUUUCCCUUCGCUCAGCUCCUCCGGCAGCGGGACACCCUCCGGGGGCCACCGCCGGGAUCCCGAUCCCGGUCCCGCAGCCGCCGCCCCGGCGAAGCCGCCCAAGGGCUGCGCGCAGAGUGACCAACUUCUAAUCAAAGGAGGAAGAAUUGUCAACGAUGAUCAGUCAUUUUAUGCAGACAUUUACGUGGAAGAUGGUUUAAUAAAACAAAUUGGAGAAAACCUGAUUAUUCCUGAUGAUGUGAAGACAAUUGAUGCCUACGGCCAGAUCGUGAUACCGGGGGGGAUCGAUGUCCAUACCAGACUGCAGAUGCCCAUCAUGGGGAUGACCUCUGCUGAUGACUUCUACCAAGGCACAAAAGCAGCCCUGGCAGGAGGAACCACAAUGAUCAUUGACCACGUCUGCCCAGACGCGGGGACCAGCCUCCUGGCUGCCUACGAGCAGUGGCGUGGGAGCGCCGACAGCCAGGCCUGCUGCGAUUAUUCCCUGCACAUCGACAUCCCUCGCUGGCACGAAAGCCUGAAGGAAGAACUGGAAGCCUUGGUGAAGGACAAGGGUGUGAACUCCUUCCUGGUUUUUAUGGCUUACAAAGACAAACUUCAGUGCAUGGAUGCCCAGAUGUAUGAAAUAUUCUGCAUUAUUCGAGACCUGGGGGCCAUUGCCCAAGUGCAUGCUGAAAACGGAGACAUCAUUGAUGAGGAGCAGAAGAGGCUGCUGGAACUUGGGAUUACCGGGCCAGAAGGGCACGUCCUCAGCCGCCCCGAGGAGGUGGAAGCAGAGGCAGUGUAUCGUGCCAUUACCAUUGCGAAACAAGCCAACUGCCCCUUGUACAUCACCAAAAUAAUGAGCAGAGGUGCAGCAGAUGUGUUGGCUCAAGCAAAGAGAAAAGGCACAGUUGUGUACGGAGAGCCCAUCACCGCCAGCCUGGGCACUGACGGGUCACACUACUGGAGCAAAAACUGGGCCAAAGCUGCAGCUUUUGUCACGUCUCCCCCCAUCAGUCCAGACCCCACGACGCUGGAUCAUCUCACUACCCUCUUGUCCUGCGGGGACCUGCAGGUUGCAGGCAGCGCUCACUGCACCUUCACCACCGCGCAGAAAGCAGUAGGAAAAGACAACUUCACCCUCAUCCCCGAGGGAACCAACGGCAUUGAGGAGCGGAUGUCAAUAAUUUGGGAAAAGUGUGUGGUCCCUGGGAAGAUGGAUGAGAAUGAUUUUGUAGCGGUGACCAGUACCAAUGCUGCCAAGAUCUUCAACUGCUACCCCAGGAAGGGUCGCAUUGCUGUGGGCUCUGAUGCGGACUUGGUUUUGUGGAACCCUAAGGCUACUAAAAUCAUCUCAGCAAAAACCCACAAUCUGAACGUGGAGUACAACAUAUUUGAAGGCACAGAGUGCCAUGGUGUUCCUACCGUGGUCAUAAGUCAAGGAAAAGUUGUUGUUGAAGAUGGAAACCUGUUUGUCACCCAGGGGUCAGGUCGAUUCAUUCCUAGAAAGACAUUUCCUGAUUUUGUUUAUAAACGGAUAAAAGCAAGAAACAGACUGGCCGAAGUCCACGGCGUCCCUAGAGGGCUGUAUGAUGGACCAGUUCACGAAGUCCUUUCAAGCGCCAAAGCUGUGGCUCCCACCUCGGCCUCCAGGAUCGCACCCUGUGCGGGCAAAGCCCAGGCUCCUCCCGUGCGCAACCUCCAUCAGUCGGGAUUCAGCUUGUCUGGGUCUCAGGCAGACGACCACAUUGCCAGACGCACGGCUCAGAAAAUCAUCGCCCCACCGGGUGGACGGUCCAACAUCACUUCGCUGUCCUGAUGGACCCCACGCUGCCGAUGUGCCGGCAUGGCUGUCCCCACCGCAACCGCUGCUGGGACAUGUUUGGGUCCUGCUGGGGACGGGUCCAGCUGGGAAGGGGACAGUGGGUCUCCGUGAAGCUCAGAAUGAAAAUGAAGUAUUCUUCAGUUGCCCCAGCCCCUUCUUCUCGUAGGUAGAAAAUAGAGUAACCCUCCCGAGAGGUAGCACUCCCAUCUCUAUUUCUUCCAGUCUGUAUUUCUUCACUAGCUACUUGGAAAGCCCUUACCUUGUGCAUGUGGGCACCUAGACGUACACUUGGAAGCGUGCUCAGACGUGUUUCUGGUGGCUCGUGGCCAAAAUGGAGGUGCAUUUUGGUUGGAAUACGCUCCUAUCUAGUAGCAAUGACUGCCCUUUCUAGUUGAAGGACUUUUAACCGAUAAGCACUUCCGACUCUGUACGGUUUUGAUACAAUGAGUGGCAUCUCCUGUGUUUGCAGCACCCCUGAGCAGAUCUCUACAACUUCUCACUGUGCAGACCUGGCCGUGCUCCAGAGUCACCGUCCCUGUACCCAUGAGACAGUGUGGCUGUGCGGGAUGGCAGCGUGUCCGUCUGUCCCCACAGUGGGCACAGCGUCAGUGGGGUAGGAUGGGUGCUGGCUGCUCCUGGGACCCGGCGCCGCAGCGGAUGUGCUGCUGGGCUGUAGGCUUGUUUUUUAAAGAUUAUUUAUACAGUUUUUCAAGAACCAAGCGUAAGUGUUAAAACCAAUAGCAAGGCUCGUUUGAAGGCCAGUUGCAUAUGACAAACUCUUUUAUAAAGGUUAUUAUAACCAGUUUAUUAUAUUUAAAGGUAUGUACAGUAAGGGUGAACCUUUAUGCCACGAAGCUAUGCAUGUACCUCUAACAGAGUGGAUCACCGUUCGUUUCCCGUUCCUUGCUUUGAAUAAAG